UUGGCAACACUGAACACUGUUGAGUAUAACAUAAAAUAACUAAAGCGUUUUCUUCUUAAAUAAAAAUAAGUCCAAGCUGGAACUGGCGCGUAAUAUGAAGAAAAAUAAGCCACUGCUGCAUGAUCCCACAAUAAUAAAUCGCGUGCAGCUGUACAUAGAAGAGCACAUUGACGAAACAUACUUGGAUGUGAAGCAGAUGACCAAGGAGUUGAUGCAAAAAUAUCCCGAGUAUUCACGUCGCAAAUUCGGACCAUUCAGACAACUUGUACACCAAGCCUUUUCCAUAGUCUCAGAUAGCUAUAAUCUCGACAAGGCCAGCAGCUCAGACGACGAGGACGACGAUUAUUUAAGUGACGACUCGAAAACGCCACAGAGCACCAGCAUUAUGAACAAUCUCAUGCAGGACUUGUACACACCACAACGCAAACCCUUGCCCAGCGCCAAGCCCAGCAGUGAACCCAUUGAUAUAAGUAGCGGUGAGGAGAAUGAAGAUGAGAACAAGCCAAAUGGCAGUUCAGCUGCAGCGAAUGCAACUCCAGGCAAACAGCUCAAACGCACGAUGGUGGAGGCCCCGCCCUCUGGGGGCAUGGUACAGGCAAAGAAAAGCAUGCGUCAGGAGUGUGCCAAUGUGGGUCCCAAUGUUAACGUCAAGAAGUUUUUGACGCCAAAAGACUCGCAUGCGGCUCAUGCUGCUAGCUCUAAUUAUCAGCAGCAACUACAUCAUAUACAUCAACAGCAGCAGCAGCAACAGCAGCAUCAUCCACAUCAACAACAGCUGCCGCAACAACAGAAGAAUCAACAACACCAACGUGAUUAUCCAUUGCGCGUGCGGAAAUACAAAAAGGAAUUGGAGAUAGCACGCUCAAAUGAAAGUUUUCGCGAUAUUGGCGGCAUGGAUAGCACACUCAAGGAGCUCUGCGAAAUGCUUAUACAUAUCAAGUCGCCAGAAUUUUACUUUCAAUUGGGCUUGCUGCCAUCACGUGGUCUUCUGUUGCACGGUCCACCUGGCUGUGGCAAGACUUAUCUAGCGCGUGCCAUAGCAGGUCAACUCAAAAUGCCUUUAUUAGAAGUCACCGCCACUGAGCUUAUUGGCGGCAUUUCUGGUGAAUCAGAGGAACGCGUGCGCGAUAUAUUCGAGCAAGCCAUUGACAAUUCGCCUUGCGUUUUGUUUAUUGAUGAAAUUGAUGCCAUCGCCGGCAAUCGUCAGCAUGCUGCCAAGGAUAUGGAGCGUCGCAUUGUCUCACAGCUCAUCGCCAGCUUGGACCAGCUGAAGGCUACGGAAUUCGGCCAGUCUGUAGUGGUUAUAGGCGCUACUACGCGUCCCGAUACAUUGGAUCCAGGCUUGCGUCGCAUUGGUCGCUUUGAUCAUGAGAUUGCUAUUCAUAUACCUUCACGCAAGGAGCGUCGUGAGAUUUUGCGCAUACAGUGCGAGGGAUUGUCUAUUGAUCCCAAGCUUAAUUAUGAUAAAAUAGCCGAGCUAACACCAGGCUUUGUGGGCGCUGAUCUAUUGGCCUUAGUGUCCCGUGCCGCUGCUAUUGCGGUUAAGCGAAGAUCUCUAAGAAAAUUCCGUGAAUUACAUGCGGCUAGCGAGAUGAAUAUGACAACAGUGACGCUAGAUGAUGAUGAGCCCGCUGAUGACCAGCAGAAACCAGCAGAGAUAAAUAAAGACAAAGAAGAAGUGCAAGAGGAGACUAAGGACCAGGAACAGGCUAAGCCUGCAGACUCUGAAAGCGAUAAGCCCGCUGCGGAUACUACCAAUGGAGAAAAUUCCAUGGAUGUGGACAAGCCACCCAAUGCGGCAACACCAGAGCCGAAGCCAACAAGCUCAACAGCGUCACCCUUGGUCAGCGAUGAGUUCUAUGAGCCCACCCUUGCUGAAUUGACCAAUUUUCUUGAUAAUCCACCAGAGGAAUUUGCUGAUCCAAACUUUUGUUUAACCAUGGAUGACUUUUUGGCCGCCAUUAAGGUGGUGCAACCUUCAGCCAAGCGUGAAGGCUUCAUUACAGUACCGGACACCACCUGGGAGGAUAUAGGCUCCUUGCAUGACAUACGUGAGGAACUGAAGCUCGCUGUGUUGGCGCCUGUGAAAUAUCCUGAAAUGCUUAAGCGUUUGGGUCUGGAAGCGCCUUCAGGCGUGCUGCUGUGUGGUCCACCCGGCUGUGGUAAGACGCUGCUGGCCAAGGCCAUUGCCAAUGAGGCGGGCAUUAAUUUUAUAUCCGUCAAAGGACCUGAGCUAAUGAAUAUGUAUGUGGGCGAGAGCGAGCGUGCGGUGCGCGCAUGUUUCCAGCGUGCUAGAAACUCCUCGCCCUGCGUCAUCUUCUUUGAUGAGUUUGAUUCGCUGUGCCCCAAGCGUUCCGAUGGCGGCGAUGGCAACAACUCGGGCACGCGCAUUGUCAAUCAGCUGCUGACCGAAAUGGAUGGUGUGGAGGAGCGCAAGGGUGUUUAUAUAUUGGCCGCCACCAAUCGUCCGGAUAUUAUAGAUCCGGCUAUACUGCGUCCAGGUCGCUUGGAUACCAUACUGUAUGUGGGUUUGCCGCAAGAGCAGGAACGCGUUGACAUACUUAAGGCAACGACCAAGAACGGAAAGCGUCCCGUGUUGGCGGAGGAUGUUGAUCUGCAGCAGCUGGCUGUGCAAACAGAAGGUUAUACAGGCGCUGAUCUGGCUGGACUGGUUAAGCAGGCAUCCAUGUUUGCCUUGCGUCAAGCGCUCAACGAGGGCAAAGUGUCUGCUGAUGAGGAUCUGUGUGUGCGCAAUAAACAUUUUAUGGAAGCGCUAAAGCAGCUGCGUCCCUCUGUUAGCGAGCAGGAUCGCAAAGUGUAUGAGAAGCUGCGACAGAAGUACGCAGCGCCGCGUGUUCCGCUGCUGGCAGAGAAAUAAAAACAAUCGAUUACAGCAUGCAUCGAUGCAUUAGUUUUAAGCAACACACAUACAUACACACGCAUACACAUACACUAACAGUGCAACUCUGUUUGCCGAACUCUGAACAAUUCCUUAUUUCAUUUGAUAAAA